AUGCCAUACAGCUGGGCAGAGGCUGAGUGCUAUUGUCUGUACUUUGGCGCCAACCUCGCCUCCAUCCACAGCUUAGACGAGUACCGUUUUGUCCAGGAGCUCGUGAAGAGGAAAACUGGCACAUUUACUCAAACCUGGAUCGGUGCCACUGAUGCUGUUCAGAACAACAUGUGGUUCUGGAGUGACGGCUCCAGAUUUGACUUUCAGUUCUGGUCUUGGAAGGAGCCCAGCGACUAUCUUGACCGGGAAGCGUGUAUUGAGAUGAACUAUGGAGGCAGAUUGGGAGCGCGUCACUGCAUAACGUUGAAGAGUGAGAGUGAGAUGGAGCGGGAGGUCGUAGUGAAGAAGCUCCAACGUUACCAGUCAAUCUUUGCUCCAGCCUCACCCGUGGUUGUGAGCUCUGGGUACUGA